AUGACCACCAGUGUGGUUCCCGGCUUUUACCGCUUCUUCUUUACAUGGUUCGAUCCAAUCGUCGCUAUCCAUGCCGCUUAUAACGACUUCGUGGACCAAGAAUGGGUUAUGAGUUCGCUUGUCCCAAAGGAGCUUCGCAGCGAAGGUGUCGAUCGCAACUACCGGUUCAUCUUCCAGCAAGCCGGGGGCGGGAUGUUAGGGAUAGCCCUCCUCUCGGGCGGCCUUCUUCGAGCAACCAACGAUCUGAAGGUCUGGAGAUACAUACAGGCUGCCACGUUACUUGUUGACCUUGCAUUCAUUUAUUCGGCCUGGGAUGCGUUCAGGGUACAAGACCGGUUGGAACCUUCGUCAUGGCGAGGCGAAGAUUGGGGUACUGUUGUUAUUAUAGCAUUAGUGACUUCCUUGAGAGUCGCCUUUUUGGCUGGGGUACGAUUCAAGAAGACGCAUACAGACAAGGCCCACUAG